AUGGAAACCGGCGGAGCCGCCUCGGCGAAGCCGAAGCAGAGUCCUAAGCGGUGGGACUGGGUUGUAAAGUAUCCAGAAGGGCGGAUGCCUCUUCUUCAAGUCCAGAAAGAGCUUGAGAAACUGCAAGUCUCGGAUCGUUCCGAGGGCUUCGUCGAAACCAACGUGAGUAUAUCACAUCCCUCUUUAUCGACGCACGUUUUGCUGAUCAUGGAAUUGAGCCAUGGACCUUCCUUUUUUUUUUCCCUGAAAGGACCUAACCGUACAAGAAGACAAGAUACGGGUAGGAGCAUUAUUGAUAUCACUGAGGGUGGUGGUGGGAUUGUGGGCAUGGACAUUCUGCGCAUUAUAGAGAACUAUGAUGAUGCUAAUUGGUGCACUACAGAGGUCCCUGAUGAUAGUCAGGCAAGGGCGAAAGUGAAGAUGACAGAGGAGAAGCUUGGGGAGAUCCCUGAUGAUAUGGCUACUAGGGAGAGGGAGGAUUGGAAGGAGAAGAGGAAGCCAAAGGAGAAGGGGAAGGAGAAGGUGAAGGUGACAGAGGAGAAGCUUGGGGAGAUCCCUGAUGAUAUGGCUACUAGGGAGAGGGAGGAUUGGAAGGAGAAGAGGAAGCCAAAGGGGAAGAAGGGGAAGGAGAAGGAGAAGGAGAAGGAGGAGAAGCCAAAGCGGAAACCCAAGAAGCGCAAGCCCAAGGUGAAAAAGCUGAAGGAGAGGGAUCAGUGGUACAUGGAUGAUCGGGAUCAGAUUCUUCUCAGGGCUCUUCUGGGCCCAGAACUGAAAUGGGAGGAGAAAGCUGAGGAUGUGCCCUGGCCACCGAUUCACCAGAUCCCUCAACCUCUUCGUAAUUGGUUGUAUGACUCUAUCAAUGUGUUUGCAAUCAAAGUUGCCCAGUCAAACAGGAAAGGCCCUAUUAGCAUAUAUGGUACUGUGCUGGUGAGGGAUGAGUACGACUAUAGAUGCAUCUAUCUGUUCAGGCGUGGAAGGGAUGAUCCCCAACUCAUAACCCGAAAGGAUAGAACACUGACUUUGAUCAGCCCAAUUCGAGCACUUGCUGUAAGGGAUAGUAUGUUUUUUGAGUUCCAUUUGAAGAUCAAGGGUGGUGAUGCUGCUGACGAAGAUUUCAGCAAAGUCAGUAUCUUGAAGGCUCCCUCUGAUUUCACCAGCAAACUUACUGCUUGGACUACUGGAAAUGAUGAAAACAAAAUCGUGCUGUACGACAGUGAAGGGGCAGGCACUCGAACAGAGCUUGGACCUGGUGAAUCUGUCUCUGGUUUGGUAGCUGUCCCACUGGGUGAAGAAUUGGUACUCCAUGUCUCUCUUGCUGAUGGGGUUCAACAUCAGCUAGAAGAAUAUUUUACCCUCGUUAUAGGGCCCGAUGUCGAUGAACGCACUCUUGAGCAAGGUCCUUAUAGGAUGCAGGUUAAAAUCUCAUGGAAGGGUGUCGUAAACCACCAGCCAGGUUUCAAACUGCGGGGUCGUCCUAAUAUGUGGGGUUAUAUUGCUGACCGUCGAGUUCUGUUAUCAUAG